AUGGUGCACAUUCCGGAGGUGAAUGAGGUCGGUGAGAUGAGUCAGUGUGCAUCUUGUGCUAGACACGUGUCAUGCUUUGCCUAUGUAUGGUUCACAUCACAGCUUAUCAAGAACAAGACUCAGCAUGCCAUCUCCGGCAACGGAAGAGGCAGCCAGAAAGGCAAGACAAGCAGAUAUAGCCAACCACCACUCACGGUUCAAGAGCGAGAAGAGUUGUUCCUCGAAGAUGUCAGGAAUUCAAUCCCUGAGGCGGGGAAGCAAAGGAUGUUACCUGUUCUGCAGCAAUCUGAGUGGGAUGCGACCAUCAAGCCCCACGGUGAUUUGGAUGGCACGGGAGGGAUCAGCAUAGUGCCCAAGGAGAUGGUGCCAAUAGUCAUGCGCAAUGUAGGCUACACGUUGGCGCCCACAGCCAUGCUCACCACGCAACCCCCUAGUGGGCUUGGGUUGCGAGGAUACCCAAGCAUGCAAGUGCAGUGCACCAUCAACGUUCUAGAGGAUGAGGGCACCAGGAAAGCUGUUCUAGUCAACCGGCAUCUGAUCCAGAUAGGGUUUGGCCCAGAAGUCCAUCAGACAGCGCUUGGCGAUCAGGUGAGCGUGCCCAUACCCAUUAAUGGAAGCACAAUAUCCAAGCUCCUUGAGAGGCACGUUGAUCCAGCGGCUUAUGAAGCCAUGACGGUGCGAAUGGACAACAGCGCCACAGUCAUGAUACAUGAGUCCGCGGUUGAGGCGAUCCUUAAGGCAUCCGGCAAGGACGGCAUCUACUACAAGUUGCAUGCGUCCAGCAGCUACGUGGGCGAGCUCCAUUUGCUCUGGCUGCCCACGCAAACAACAUUGGAUGAAGCCGUGCACCUUGCCGAUUCCGAACCGGACAGCUUCGGCGUCGUGGUGAAGAACGCAAAGGUUGACCCACGAUUUGCCAUCCGAUUCUUCAAGGAGCUGGCUCUCCAACACUGUGCCAAGCGCAACAACUUGGAGGACACUACGGCCUACAGCAGGUGGCGCCUCAGCGGCCUGCCACUUCACACUGGGGCAGCGGGAGCCUUGGCUUUGCUCCCAACACGUGGUUGGGACGUAGUGGAGAUCCUCUUCUUCAACGCGGAAAAGUGCGACUACUUGGCUAGCAAAGCGGGGGAUUGCAAUCCCAUGUACUACCAGCUUCCCGGUGGUCACAAGAAGCAGUUGCAGCUCAAGGCCUUGAACGCGCUAGCCAAGAAGCCGGUCGCGGACCACAACCGCCAGCAGCGUGCAGCGAGCAAGGCCGCAGCAAGUACAACCCGCUCAACUAGGCCUUUGGAGGCACAACGACGUAGGGAGUGGCUAGCACAGCAUGUACCCAAGAUGCCUAUCAUACCUGGCCCACCUCCGGACGCAGUCCUCCAGCAGCCGGCCCCUACUACACCGACCAACGCAGGCGGCAGAACGGACACCCAGGAGAAGAGGGAACGAGAAGCAGCACCCGGCAAUUCGCGCUGCCAGUGUGGACCUGCGAAGGUAGGCCCACAACGCCACAGCUGGCAUUUGGCCAGCAAGCUUCGCAACCGCAAAAUGCGGGCUUUGCACGGCAACACUGCCGCCGAUGCGCAAACGUGCAGUUGGAAGGCAAACCACAAGCUAAUGAACCACACGGUGCUCGCCAUAGGUGGCAUCAACGUUGGAGGUUUUUCCGACUCGCCCAAAUGGGAAGCUAUCAAGGAGAUGCCUCACAACGUCCUUGUGCUGACCGAGACACACAUACAAACGCAUCUUGUCAAAUCCUACCCCUACAAUUUCCCCAACUACUUCACAUUUUGGAGCCCUGGCGAGGAGCAAAAGUACUACAACGGCAUUGGCUUGCUUGUUCGAAGGAGCAAAUGCUGGGCGGCCACACAACUCACGUGGAAACCAGAGGAUGCAUGUCAUCGUUUUUGGCAGGACAGCAGGCUGCUUGCUGCGCAGCUAUGGCUAGGACAGGGCGGCACCACGAUAUUACUGUAUGGUGUGUAUGGUCCCAGUGGGGCGCGCUGGGAGCGUGCCAAAAGACAGUAUUUCAACGCCAUGAUGCAGGCCAUUGCUGAGGACAUUGCGGCGCGCGGGGACAUGCCUAGCUUUGUCAUUGGCGACUUCAAUAUGGUCAUUAAUGAUAGUCACCUUUUGCAGCAGCUCUUGCGCAAUGGUGGGUGGUUUGACUGUCGCAGACUUGGUUCGGAGGACAUGCGACGGGCCAACACUUGUCAUGUGCAAGGGGGGUCCCAGAUAGACCACAUCUUCGCCUCCCGCUCAGCUUACGACCAAGCAUUUGGCUACAAGGUGCGCAAACACGUUGAGUUCAAGAGCCAUUCCAUGGUUGAGAUUGCCCUUCAAGUACCUCUUGCGGCGCAAACGCGUACUACUUUGAGGAAUGUUUGCAAAAUACCUCCGCGUGCUCCUCCUGUACAUGAGCAUCAUUUGGUGUACAACACGCAGUUGGGCAGGGGUUUUUGGCAAGCUUUGGCGCAGAAUGAUCUUGACAAGGCGUAUCAACUCUGGUGUGAGGAGACAGAGCGUAUACUCAUUAGCGUUGCCAACAAGCAAGGGCACCAUGUGCUACCUGGUGCUGUUAAACGUGGUAAUGUGGUUUUCCAUGAGCAGCGCCGGUUUCCACGCACAGUCCAAGAAAGUGCUUCCACGUUGCUUACAAGAAGUAUCUGGAAAGCUCUUUGUAGGGCACGCGAGGUUGCUAAAGCCACCCCCGGUUUUCGUCGUGACAAGACCUGGGAAGCAACUAGCAAGCUCCUCAAGCACAUACCACGGUCUGAUGCGGAUGAACUUCGUCCACUUCUUGGCCAACCUGCAAGCAUUGAAGCGGCCAAUGCUGUUGUGGAUGCCCUCAACAAGCUCUUGGAGAAACAACAUCGCCAAGAUCGUUUUGCUCGCCUCAAUGCGUGGAAGAAGAGAAUGCGUAACAACGACAAUGAGUGCUAUGGAUGGCUACGCAGCAAGGCUCGUCAAGAACCUGUUCGUGUCACAGUUACUGCGGCUGGAGCGACAGCGGACACGCAGGCGCGCCUAAAUGCGAUCAAAUCCGUGUGGGAGCGUAUCUACAUGCGUCACCAACAUGGAGAACCCAAGUUGGUCAAUUUCAUGCAGAAGUACGGGGCGACCCUGAACCGUAAAGUUCUAGACCUACCGCCUCUACACGAAGAUGACAUGAUGACGACUAUUUUGGAGGCCAAACCCACUUCGGCGGGAAUGGAUGGCAUUAUGCCGGUUGAGCUACGUCACUUGGCACAAUGGUGUCCAACGCAUAUACGUGCACUCACAGCGCUCCUGCGGAAGGUUGAGGACACAGGCAAGUGGCCGAGUGUGGCUACAUGCGGCGCAGUGGCUUUCGUGGCAAAAGAUCCAGCCCAGGUCGAUCCUCAAGCUGGAGAUUUCCGACCUAUCACUAUUUUGGCUUCGGUGUAUAGGGCAUGGGCCUCAUGCCGCCAAAAGCAGUUAGCACAAAAAUGGGUCCCGCACUGGCAAGAUCCUGGCACAUACGGACUUCCUGGAGGAUGCGCUGCAGACGUAUUGGCCUACGAAACCUGCGCUCAGGUUAUACAAGCAGCCAACGAGGGCCAGGUGGCAGCAGGGUUGAGCUACGACUUGCGCAAGUGCUUCGACACGGGUCCCAUCAACUUGUCCCUGGAUAUUUUCAGGCAGAGGGGUGCCGACAGUGGAGUGCUUAGAGCGUUGACGGGUUUCUACGAUGCUCACCACAAGUAUUUCAAGAUCGAUGGUUUCUACGCCAAAAAGUUCACGGCGGCAAACGGCAUCCUUCAGGGGUGCCCGUUGAGCAUGCUGCUGCUGGUUUCCAUGGUGAUGACUUGGUUAGAGGCAGUCCGCGACAGAGUGCCGACCGCAACGCCUAAAUCAUUUGCAAAUGAUUUGUCAGUGGUUGACCAAAGCCAAAGCUUGCAGCAAGUGAAACACAAUCUUCGGUUGCUACAUGACACCACGUGCGAGUUCACUCAGGCAACCGGCGCGCAGAUCAACAACGACAAGAGCUUCGUAUUUGGUUCCAAGAGUGUUCAAGGGUCGGUUCCUGACUUGCCCAACUACAAGCACACAUUCCGCUUGGUGGGAGGAAGCGUUAAGCUAUCUGCAGGGCAAAGCUGGACGCCUCUUGAACGGGAACGUGGCGAGCGAUGGGUCCAAACAGUCAGACAGGUACGUAGACUCCCUGUGGGCUGGUUUGCCAAGGUCAAGAUUCUUCGCAGCACUGUACCUAAGCUGACCUUUGGGCAGGGCACGCACACACUUCCAGUAGCCAGAGACUAUAUGCGUCACCUUCGUGCUGAGAUGGUCCGAUCGUUAUUCAACAUGAAUGACUACUCGUUGUCUCCGCAGACGGUUUUCACAUUACUGGCUCCUCCGGCGUUGGAACCUGCGUUCGCACUGCAGCUGGCAGCUUUCCGUUUGGUACAGCGGGUGUGCAACACUCCUCGGUCACGCCGCAUUUUGGUACAGCAGCUUGCCAGUACUCGCCAGCAACCUCCGUCAGAUGGCCCUCUGGCACGGAUACUACAGCUCAAAGCGCUGCCUUCUUUCAAACCACUCGUCGAGGACUUUUUGCACAACAGGUUGGAGGGCGACAAAUGGCAGCAUGACCUGCGGGAAUCGUGGAGGGAGCAAACUUGGAAAACACUGGCGCGCGAACGUGCGCAACAUUUUGCCGGAGCCGAGAAGGGAGUCAACCGGAAGGCCACCUUGGCUUAUCUGCAGGACUUGACAGCAGCGGCGGACGCAUUACAGAUUCAACAGGACAGUGGCCAACAUGAGCUUGUACCCCCUUCUGAGGACCCCAGGGCCAAGCUGAAGGUGCUUCGAUUGUUACUGACUGCGGGCCUGAUGACGCCUGAGAGGGACCACCGGCACCGGAGGCGGAAGGGCAUCAUUCGGUGUGCCUGUGGCGGGCCGGCACCGACAAUCGAGCACAUCAGUUGGUACUGCAAAUGCUAUCACAGAGAACGUCGUGAAGCGCUACAAGUAGUACCCAAUUUUCGAGGGCUCCCUGUUUGUUUUCGUCUGUGUACGCUGGUCACCUCCAAUAUGAAGCUCUCUGAUGACAAAGUUCGUGCAGUGCAACGUUCAUUGGUUGCGGUCUGGCAGGCUCACAUAGCAGCCUUUGGGGACGGUGUACAAGAGCUUGCGGAGAUCAUCGCAGAGACGCCCAGUGGCCAACCCGCAGGGCAACAGCAGCCAGAUGCAGGCAGUACUGUGUCCAUGACGCUUACAAGGCAGCCAGCAGAUCGGAGAGGGCACGCGCUCAAGCUUAUCCCCUCAGGGGGCGUCUAUUGUCAGAAGUGUGGGAAGCAAACCAAGAACGUCAAGCAUCAGAGGUUGAAGAUCUUGAACAAAAAAUGUGCCUUUCCAGACCUCCCUGUUGAGGAGUGGUUGCAGGAGCCUGGUGCCUUGCGCUCUGCUUCCCGGCUACAGCAGGCCGAGCGAGAUCUCCACGAGCGUCUGAGCAAUGGCCACCGGUUAGUCUGGAACAGGAAGGUAGGGAAGCAGGCUGAUCGUGAAGACUACGGCAAGCUAUGGUGCUCAGUUUGUGGAAAGGAGUGGCCUUGGAAAGACAGGAGAGAUUACCAGAUAUGCUCACUGCCCGGCAAGGCAUUGGUUGAUGAGACUCAGGUGGUUGGUAGCGAGCUUCUACGAGCCUACUUCAAGCUUGGGCAGGUGUCGCAGUGCUCGUUCCUUCUCUCCACCGUGACAAACUCCAUGCAGAAGGAUGGUUUCAACCCUACUGACCUUCCCAAAGCCAUCUGCGUCACCUUCUAUUUCUUCUGGGGCAAGUACUUGGUCUUUGACCACAACUUGCAGGGAGCCGAUGAGAAGUUGACGUGGGCUUUCAACAACUGCCCGGAAAAGUGCGGCGCAGCAGCAGCAUCUACAAUUGAAACAACAGCGCCGGCCAUGCCUGCAGCUCAGCCCCUGCCUGCAGCUGGGCUUGUGCAGGCGGCCAGGAUUCUGGCGUCACACGUGGACCCGUCAACAGACGCUUCGGCUCUUGGUGUGGAGGAUCUGCUGCGAUUCCUUCACAUCACAAAGGAACAAUUGAAGCAGUUGAUUGAAGCCGAUGCAGAAACCGCAGAUGAGGUCAUGCGCCUGGGCGUGUUCACAUGGAGGCCGGGUUCAAGUGGCGACGGUCCGCUCACUGUAGCUAUGGGCGUUGGUCCCGGCGACCCAGGCAGCAUCGUUGUCAAAGCACGGCCAGAGAGGCUGCAUUCCAGGUUGCUGCGCCAUGUCGGGUGCCAAGAACAGGCGAUGGAAGUGGAGCACAUGUCCAACGAGCUCCCACGCUGGCAAGAUGUGAACACUGAGUUGUUACUAGAAUACGCGGAAGAUUUUCGUGACAUGGCGGUGAAGCGCUGCGCAAAGCUACAACAGCUGUCGCAGCGCCUUUCGGCCAAUCUAGUGGCCGGCCGCGGUGGAGGUUGA